GCUGCGCGCGCCUGGGGUCCCGGGCCCUUGUGCGUGGCGGAGAGAUCGGGGGGCACGUGGCGACGCCAGCAGCUGGAUCCGCCGACGGGUGUUGCCAUGGUGAUGGCGGUGGAGGACAGCAUGGUACGGGUGGUUGUGCGGCUGCGGCCUCCCACCCCACGGGAGCUGGAGAGCCAGCGGCGGCCUGUGGUUCAAGUGGUGGAUGAGCGGGUGCUGGUGUUUGACCCAGAGGAGUCUGAUGGGGGGUUCCUUGGCCUGAAAUGGGGCAGCACCCACGAUGGCCCCAAGAAGAAGGGCAAAGAUCUGACGUUUGUCUUCGACCGGGUCUUUGGUGAGGAGGCCACCCAGCAGGACGUGUUCCAGCACACCACCCUCAGCAUCCUGGACAGCUUCCUCCAGGGCUACAACUGCUCUGUGUUUGCUUAUGGAGCCACUGGGGCUGGGAAGACACACACCAUGCUGGGAAGAGAGGGCGACCCCGGCAUCAUGUACCUGACCACCAUGGAGCUGUAUAGGCGUCUGGAGGCCCACCGGGAGGAGAAGCAAUUCGAGGUGCUCAUCAGCUAUCAGGAGGUGUACAAUGAACAGAUCCAUGACCUCCUGGAGCCCAAGGGGCCUCUGGCCAUCCGUGAAGACCCCGACAAGGGGGUAGUGGUGCAAGGACUUUCCUUCCACCAGCCAGCCUCAGCUGAGCAGCUGCUGGAGAUGCUGACCAGGGGAAACCGCAACCGUACACAGCACCCCACUGAUGCCAAUGCUACUUCCUCCCGCUCCCACGCCAUCUUCCAGAUCUUUGUGAAGCAGCAGGACCGGGUUCCAGGCCUGACCCAAGCCCUUCAAGUGGCCAAAAUGAGCCUGAUUGACCUGGCUGGCUCAGAGCGGGCAUCCAGUACCCACGCCAAGGGGGAGCGCCUGCGGGAGGGUGCCAACAUCAACCGCUCUCUACUGGCCCUCAUCAAUGUCCUCAACGCCCUGGCUGAUGCCAAGGGCCGCAAGUCUCACGUGCCCUACCGGGACAGCAAGCUGACCCGCCUGCUCAAGGACUCCAUCGGGGGCAACUGCCGUACCGUGAUGAUCGCUGCUGUCAGCCCCUCCAGCCUGACCUACGAGGACACUUACAACACCCUCAAGUAUGCCGACCGGGCCAAGGAGAUCAAACUCUCGCUGAAAAGCAAUGUGAUCAGUCUGGACUGUCACAUCAGCCAGUACGCCACCAUCUGCCAGCAGCUCCAGGCUGAGGUGGCCACCCUGAAGGAGAAGCUCCGCGUGUAUGAGGCAGGAGCCCUCGCCCCCCAGCAACCCCCCAAAUCAGGUCCUUCACAACAACUUCUUCCCAGGUCCCCCUCACCAUCCUGCCUUCCUAGCCAGCCCUGUUGUCCAGAGCUCCACCCAAGGUCUACAGUCCUUCAACAGGAGAGCCUGGGGCCAGAGACCCAGGGGCCAGAGACCCAGGAGGAGAGGGCCACGGGCGGAAACUCAUCAGACCUGGAGCAGCCCCCAGAGAACAAGGACGAAAGCCCCGUCCAGGAGGUUCCAACCCAGGAGCCGGAGCAGACCCUCAGACACCCGCUGGCAGGGUCCCCUGGUCAGACCCCACAGCCCAGGACCAUCGUGGGCCACCUCUCCCCACAGAACCUGGAUGGGGACCGCUCUAAGCAGUUAGCACUGAGGGUGCUGUGCCUGGCCGAGCGGCAGUACUCCCUGCUCCAAGCGGCCAACCUCCUCACUCCCGACAUGAUCGCAGAGUUUGAGACCCUGCAGCAGCUCGUGCAAUCAGAAAAAGCAGAGCCCGGAGUGGAGGCCUCGAGGAUGCCAAGCCCAGCCAGAGGGGCGCUUCCAGCUCAGGAGCUGUGUUCAGAGUCAAAGUCUGCAGGAUACUCCGGCCCUGUGACCCGGACCAUGGCAAGGCAACUGAAUGGCCGCAUGCACACUCUAGGGAUCCUACCUGAGCCUGAUCGGACCCCAGCACAGACAUCCCCGAGACCCAUGGAGAAGAAGAGGAGGAGGGGACCGAGCCCCUUGGAGUCAGACAGCCACCUUGCACCAAAGCCAGGGACCAAGCGCCAGCGCCAGUCCUUUCUGCCCUGCCUGAGGAGGGGGUCCCUGCCUGAGGCUCAGCCUCCAUCUGGACCCACUACCCCCAAAGGGAGAAGGGCCUCUUCCCCCUGCCACUCCCCUCGCUUCUGCCCAGCCACAGUCAUUAAAAGCCGGGUGCCCCUGGGCCCCUCUGCUAUGCAGAACUGCUCCACCCCUCUGACCCUGCCUGCUCGGGACCUCAACACCACCUUUGAUCUUUCUGAGGCACCCUCCUCAAAGCUGGAUUUCCAUGACUGCGUGGGCUGGGAGAAUGUCCCCCAGGAGCUGAACAGGCUGGAUCAGCCCUUCAUCCCCAGCGGACCCAUGCCCCUGUUCACCACGAAGGGGCCCAAACCAACGUCUUCCUACCCUGGGAUGUCUGCCCGCAAGAAGAGGCGUGUUGUAAGCUCCUCAGUCUCCCGUUCACUGGGCAUCACCCAGGGCCGAGGCCGAGGCCGAGGCCACAGCCGCAUUGCGCGCCUCCCCAGCAGCACCUUGAAGAAGCCCACUGGGCUCCUGACAAUCCCAGGAUCCUCCAGUCCCCACUGCCCAGGCAACCAGAGGAGCCAGAAGGAACUGAUGGGGGUUGGAGGAGCACUGGCAGCUGGGAACUGCAUUGUCAAGGCGUCCUGACCAGCCAGUCCCUCCUGGAUCCUGGAGGCCCCUGCACCAGGAGGCCUGACCUGCUCACUCUGAGCAAUUGCCAACACCCUCCAUUAUUACCACAGCACCCCCAAUCUUUCAUUCUGCUAUUCUCCCUAGUAGUCUCUUGUUAUACUCACUUCUGGGAGUGUAUGUGUUCAUUUGCGAUGGUUAACAUGUUGCCAUUUUAAAGGGCGCUGCCAUCACCUCCCCAAGUUUAUAAGACACCCUCUCGAGGCAGGUGACUUGGGGGUUUUGGUCCCCAAACCCACCUUCCAGUCUAACACAGGACCCUGUGCAGUCACAGCCAAUGCUCAGCUGAGGAGGCUAUGGGGCUGAGGUGGGGAGCCCUGGUGUGGCCCUUCUUGCUUCAGGGAAAGGAAUAUGUCCAGCCUAGAGUAGGAGCCCCAGCCCCCGGCCUCUGUCCUGGUGGUGACACAGACGUGGUGGUGCCCUGAUUUCUAAACGAAGGUAGCUUUCUUGAUUUCACUGUUUAAAACAGGAUACACUCAGUGCAAAAAGCAGUGUAGAGAAGAACUGGAAAUUCCUCCUUAAUGCUAACCUCUAGAUAUGAGCUGUUGAUACCUGGACUGAUAGACUGCUGGCCUCUCUGCGUGUGUACAUAUAUGCAUCUAUAUAUGUAGAUAUAGAGAUAAUAUUUUUAUUACAAUAAUGAAUCAACCUUCUCCAACCUUGGUGUGUGUCUUUUACCUUGGUAGGAUAGCAACACCUCCCCUUUCUCUUCUUCCCAUUCUUCAAGAUCUCAAGGAACUUUUAGUCUAGAGAACUUUCUCGUCCUGGCUCCUGCCUUCUUAGCUCUGGACCUCCAGCCCCUUCCCCUGAAGCCCUGUCCUCCCGCAGGACCUCUGCUCCUGAGCGGUGAGGAGGCAGUUUCUCCUGGAGGCCUGUUCUGUCCACAUAUAACCUUGGAUGGGGAUUGAUAGGAUCCCUGUUAGGGGGAACAUCUUAGUGGUCCCCAGAUGUUAGGGGGUCUCCAGGCCAAGUUCCAAUUGGCUAGAACACAGAGCAAUCUUCCUCCCAGGGCCGGAAAGGCUCCCCUCCCCUGUUCCUGGCUUUCCUCUCCAUUUGUUUCUUGGUCAGAUUGGUUUGGGUUUUUUGUUUUUUCUUUAAUUAAGGUAACUCUGGUUUCCAACACUGUAUAUGAUUUCCUCCACUCCUUUGGAUUGUGACAGUUUAACACAGAUUUACCUCUGUCUCUCCAGGAAGACAUGGCUGACUGGAUGAAUUAAUAGUGUAAACAAAAUUACCAGAGUCUGUUUAACUUGUUUCUGAAAACAAACAUGUUAAUGGUAUUUAGCACAUUGUGAAUAGUGUGUAAAUAAUGCUGCUAAUUUCAAACUGAGUCCCUAGUUCUGGGGGAGCAGCCUUCCCCUCCUCCAACCCCACCCCAUCCAGAUCUGACUUGUUUUUUUGGAGAAUACACAGAGGAGCACCUCCCGGCUGCAGGCAGCUUCGUAAAACUGCACAACCUUAGGAGGUGUCAUGAGGACAUAGUCUCCCGGAAGACUGGCAAAGCGUGCCCAGUUACCAGCAAGUGGCAGCACCAGGAUUCAAAUCAGGGUCUGGAUGUGUGCCUUGCACCAACCUGCUUCCCUUUAGAAGCAAACCGGCAUCGUUUCUUUCCGAGUGCCUGGGGUUCCCUCCUCUCCAAUUAGUCUUAAUGAGUUUCUGUUCCCCUGUGGGCCAGGAUUCCCACAGCGGCAGGCACAGCUUCACAUCUGUAGCCUCCAGCGGCCUGGCGUGGCACCUUGACCUCAUGAGGCCUCUCUGAGUGCUGGGUGGAUUCAAAUUGAAUAAAUUCCCCCUUUCCUGGGGCCCUCCCAUAUAUUAUCUCAUUUGAUUGUCCACCUCACCCCUGCAAGGGCAGAGGUAGCAAGCACCCGGUAAGGCGGCUGGUAACUAGGGCCAGGAGGGCAAGCUUCACACAACAGGGUCCCUGGCACCGGGCGGAAUGUGCCCGGGCUGGGGGCAGCUUGCAAGUGGAAGAGGUCACUCUUGACAAGGAUGUGUUGCAGCUGGCCAUUUGCUCAGCAAACAUUUGUGACUCUGUGGUGCAAAAUGUGCUCUCAGGUGACCCGUUAAAUGCACAGACUCUGCCGAUGGAGUUAAGCACGUGUGGCUCUGCCCUCAAUCAGGAGAGGUCAGGCAGAGAGUGCCGGCUGCCUGGUAUCCUGCUCGCCAGGAGGCCACUUGGCUGGUCCCAGCUUGGCAGGGAGCUGGCAGGGGCUGCAGGGGGUCAGAGAGCUGACAGCCAGCUCCCAGCUGACCUCUGGGGGGGGGCCACUAAGCCUCUGAGAUUGGAUUGUUCCUAAAUAAAGAGAUCAAUGGCUCCCUGUCCACUGCAGGCCCAGCCUGAUGUAAGGCCCCACUUCCUGCUUCGCCCUGCCCUUCCACCUUGGGGGCCCUCAUUCCACUUCUGGGAGUUUAGAAGUACUCCCUUCCACCCACCCUUUACACCUCCUCCUUUCCCACCUCAGGCCUGCAGCUCAGGUCUGAACCCAUCCUGGAGUAUAAAUUCCUGCCAGACUCAGUGCCAGGAGGUGCAAACAUAGAAUAAUACAUGGUCCCUUCAUGCCGGAAAUCAGAAUGGCAUCUGUCCCUAUCACCUGAGUGCAGACCUAAAUCUCCAUCAGUGUUAGUAUUGAUCAAGGCAGGGGACUGGGCUUUCCCCUUUGGGUCCCCCUAUACCCUGCCAUCAGCUUGAUCCCUCUCAGGGGACUUCAUCACUAUGUGGGAAGCCUCCUUGGUGACUACUAACUCAGAGGUCCUGCCUCUCAGGCCCCUGUUCAUCUGUCCCCAGGUUUCCCUGGAAAUGUCCCUUUGGCUUUUAGCAAAGUUGGGGGAUCCUGGUUCCGAGAGAGAAUCUGGCUUAUGGCUCAGAGGGCUUGGGAUGGAGUUUUUGGGGGUAUAAGGGACUGAAGUCACUGUCAGAGGCCUGGAGACCACAGCUUUGUUUUCUGAUAACCCCGAGGGCUGCCCUCAGUUCACCUGCAGCCUUCCCACCCCCACUCCCCAGAUCAUACUGUCCAUUUGAAGGACCACUGGGUUGAAGACAACUGGCUGCCCACCAGCUCUCUGCUCCCACAAGGGACACAUCUUGUCCCCACCACUCACCCUUCCAGAGGGACACAAGCAGGAAGGGAGACGGUAGGGAGCAGAGGAGAUUGGGGGAAAGCAAUUAAAGAACCGAUCUCGGGGUUGGAGGCUGGAAGGUGGCACUGGCUAGAGUGGGCCCUGGCUUUGCAGGGGAGAAGGGAGAGAAAGGGCCUGAGCUUAUUAACCCUAGUGCAGCAGCCUGACCCCUGGGUCCAUGAAGGUGAGUGAGUUGAUGCCUCCACUGACAUGCUGAGAGGGGUCAGCAUGAGAGGGAAGAGGAAAGGUAGGAGUCUGGGGGUUCAGCCGGGAACAUUUCUGUACCCUCUCAGAGUACAGAAGGAGGCUCUAACCAGCAGAGCCUGGCUGGGUACAGGCUGCGAGUGGGGAAACAACUGCCCUGGCCUGUGGCAGCCACUUCUAACUGCCAGGGUAGAAACUCCUGUCCUCAAGGAACUGCUCUCAGACACUAAACCAUGGGUCCUCCUUCGGGAAGUUCCCAUGCAAGGGGAGAGGAUGGCUUCUGUCCUGUGGGUGCCUUAGUCUGACCCUACCCUUAGGGAGAAGCCAUUCGAAUGGGAAGAAGACCCGUAUCAAUAAGUCCCUUUUAGGCUGAGAGGCAGAAGACACGCACACCCAUGGGAGAAGUUGACCCACCAAGGGUGUCUCAAGCCAGAAGGCCCUGUAGGUCUCCGGUCCAGGGUUGGGGCAGGUCAGGAUGGAGGAAGCAGCACCUACUCAGGGAGUUGGGGAGGGAAAACCGGCUGGAAAACAGCUACUCUGAGUGUGCUAGGGGCAGCCAGAGACAACGCUCAUGUGGCCCCUGGCCUGUCCAAGGCCACCAACGACUGGUGAUCUGGGGACAAAUGGUCCUGUCUCCCACCCCCUCAUCCCUGGCUGCUGCCCCCUGGGUCCCAUUCACACGCCAGGUAGCUGCCCUUAAGAGGAGAGAUGGCCCACACACUGCCCUGCCCCACCCCCAUCGAAGCCUUCUGGAAGACCUGGCUGCCACCCCUUCAGCCCCAGCGUCACAUGCUAGCAGGUAGAGAGGUGCUAACACCUGGCUGCGGUGGUUAAAUGGAAGCUAUGAUUGCCAAGCAUCCAAUAUGUCCAGCUUUCAUUGAUUUUAUUCUCACAACUGCCCUGGAAGUAUGGUGAGUCCCCCUUUUGCAGAUGUGAAAAUGGAGACUAGAAUGUUCCUGAGGUCAUCGAAGAUCGCAUGGGUACUGAGGGGCCUGGGUCUUGUCCUCUCCCCUAGAGCUCACUACAAGAGCAGACAGGGGCAACUUAGAGCAAAAAGGAGUGACCCCUCAGGUGAUAUGAAUUUGCAUUUAAGAAAGUUUACAGCUGUGAGAACAGCUUUCUCCCGGAGUUGAACUGCGGUGGCCGGCAGGCCGCUGGGACCUGGGUGGCCGAGCACUGCCAUCUAGUGGCCACAAGGACCCAGCUCCCUUGCUCAGGGCUGGGCGGAAAAUGGAUGGACUCACGCAGAGAUCACCAGCAGGUGGCCGCCAGAGACCUACAUUCUCCUGAUCCCACCCAAGCUUGGGGACCACCAUGGUGCCAUGCACUAGGAGAGGGGCAGGGGUUCAAGCAGCAGUCAAGAAACAGAAUCGAGUCUUAGAGACUAGCAAGUUCAGAAAACUCUGGGCACCUUGAGUGUGGGUUGAGGCCAGGUAUGUGAUGGUCUGUCCCAGGAGGCAUUUGGGUGUCUGUAGGGUGAAGAAAAUGUCAGGCUUUUCUGCCCUCCCGCCAUCAGGAUAGAUGAUGGAUCCUUGAGGUCCUGAAUGCAUGCCUGAUGGCAGGCACCUGGAGUGGGGUGUGGGCAUAGGUAGAUGGGAUUCACCUGGGCUAAGACUGUGCUUUUAAGGGCGGCGUCAUAGGGACGCCAGCAGAAGCCGAGAGAGAAGCAAGAGAAGCAGAAGCUGAGAGAAGGCCGGAGAGCCCAGAUAGAAUGAAGACUUGCUGGGGGCUGGGAGGACUGCCAGCCUCCCGGCCCCCCAGCACCUCUGCCUGCUGUGUACCUGGUAAAUCCCAAUAAAAGACCUGCAAAAAACCACUGAGGACUCCAGAACUCCUUUACCCAGUCUACUGGAUCCUAGAAAACCUGCACCGUGUCCAUUCCUUCCCCUACAGUGCCACAGGCAGGAGGGCAUCCUAGCAAAUUCUAAUGCUUGGGGAGGGGCAGGUGGUUGGGAAGGCAUCUUGUUCCUACCUCAGCUUGAAGCAGGGGUGAGGCCUGGCUGAGAGCCCUGUGGAGGAGCAUCCAGGCAUUCUCUCCCCAUGGCCCUCAGCCUCUGCCGGCUAGUCCAGGCAUCAGUCUCAGGGUUGGCCAGAGGCUUCUGAUGUUGAGCCCCUCAGAUAGGGGAAGGAGAGGAGGCAUCCCAUUGCACGGGUCUUCAGCCAGGCCUGGAGGGUGCGGGUGGUAGUGGAGGUUGGGAGCUGUGUCUAUUGGGGCAGAUGUGCAUCAUAGAACAAUCUAGGAGAGAGGAUAUAUAACAGCCCAUUAUAGGCCUUGAUUAAAUUAAUGCCUAUAGUGGAAAACCAUGCAGCUGUUAAAAUGAUGAUGUUGAUAAACAUUGAUAUGGAAAGAUGUUCACAACAUAUUGAGUGAAAAAAAGCAAAUUACAAAAUAAUUUGUACAGCAUAAGCCCACUCUCCAAAAAAUGAAUUUGUAUGCGUGGAAAAAUCUGGUAGUAUUUAUCUCCAGGUGGCAAAAUUAUGGCUAAUUAAAUUUUUUUGUUGUUUUACUUAUCUGCAUUUGCUGAUUUUUCAACAAUCAAUGUGUAAUAAAAAAUAAUGAAAGUUUGGCAAAC